AUGUAUUUCAUCGCCGGCCCAUCAGAGGUCCUCGCCGUCACCGGCUGCGGAAUCCCCGACAUCAAGCUCGCCAAAAAGAAGUGGAUAUGGCCGGGCCAAAAGUUCACCCGAGUCGACAUCUCGCCAGUCAACUACACCUUCGAAGUGCAGGCUAUGAGCGCAGAGAAACUCCCAUUCAUACUUCCUGCUGUCUUCACAAUCGGCCCCAGGGUCGACUGUGAAGAGAGCAUGUUGAAGUACACAAAGCUCAUAUCCCCACACGACAAGCUCUCGAACCACGUCACGGAGCUUGUGCAGGGAGUCAUCGAAGGCGAGACUCGAGUUCUCGCUGCCUCAAUGACUAUGGAGCAGAUCUUUAAGGGGACUAAGGAGUUUAAGAAGGAGGUUUUUGAUAAGGUUCAACUUGAACUUGAUCAGUUUGGGCUUCAUAUUUAUAAUGCUAACGUUAAGCAGUUGGUUGAUGUGAGAGGGCAUGAGUAUUUUUCUUAUCUGGGGCAGAAAACUCAGAUGGAGGCUGCCAAUCAAGCCAGGAGGAAAAGAUGA